AUGAAAAUACUAUUAUUGGUUCUAAUAAGCUUGGCAUUAUGCAAAACAGGUACAGAUCCAAAGAUUGCCUUGGCAGAAAUUGAUGAUCAUCAUAUGGGCAAAACAUUCUUGAAUGCUAUCCAAAUCAGUCUUGCCACUGGUUCACCAGUUCAUGAAAUUCAAAGUUAUAUCAAUAAUAUCAGAUUCAUGCUAGAGUAAGAACAAAAGGAUGCAGAUCUCUUCAUUUAAAAUACAUAAGCUUCUUGUAAUAGAUUAUUACAUGACUUUUCUACGAAUUUAGCCUAUCAUCAAAGCCAAUUGAAGGCACACUAAAAAAUAGUCGAUGAAAACACAAACAAUCUAUAAAGAUCACUUAACAAAAUUGCAGAAGUGUCUGUGGAAAUUGAAGAAAAUACAAAGAAAACCAAUGCAGGACAGAGUGAAAGAGAUUUAUAAUAUGCAGAAUUCUAAUCUAAAAUUAAGGAUCAUACUGAAGCAAUUUCAGCAAUUGAUGAAGCUUAUGCACUCAUUGAACAUUUAUCCGGAGGUUCUUCGUUUAUUCAAGUUAAGGGAAGAUUCAAUAAGGUCCUAUAGAGAUUAUAAAGUCAAUCAACAGGCUUAUUGUUUUAACCAAUCCUAACAAUGAUGACUCAAUUGUCUUCAAAAUCAGAUUCUGACACUGCCAAGAAGGUGCUUUAAUUGUUAGCCAAUUUAAGAGUCCAAAUAGUUGAAAGCAAAGGAAGUGAUGAAUCUAUUGAGAAACAAUAAAGCUUGAAUUGGUAAUAAUUUUUGGCAGACUUAACAAAUGAGAAAAAUACAUUAUCAGAUCAGAGGUAGAACUUAGAACAAGCUAUCCUUAAUUAUCAAAGCAUCAUCGAGGAGUCUUAAGGAAAAGUGGAAUAUCAUGCUGUUGAAGUAGAGAGGAAUCAGAAUAACUUAGGAGGACAAGAUCAAUGGUGCAGAUAGCAACAAGACAUCUAUUAGAUGGAAACUCAAUCCAGAGUUUCGACCUAAGAUCUCAUAUCAAGGAUAUCUGAUCACAUCUAAGAUAAGAUUGUUACACUCAAAGAAUAUUUAAGAGAGAGACUACAAUUAAAUUGAUAUUUCAUUAAAUAUUCAUAUUAAUAUAAAGCAAAACAAUAUAUAU